AUGGAAACUGAAUACAAAUUUAUCCAGACGCUACAACGAAAUGACCUGUUCGUCGAUGCUAGAGAGUUCAUCAUUAGCAAUCAACUGCAACCGAGCGUCGUCAACAAUAUUCAGCAAAUGGAUAAUGAUCCUAUUACAGGAAUUCUCAUGCCUAUACAAUUUCAGUUGCGCAAAUACUUGGAGUCACCAAAUGUAUUUCAAACAAUUAUGAGCAACUUGGCGCCAUCGACGGACGGAUGUAUUCGUAGCAUCGUAGAUGGUAAUCUUUGGAAAAGCAGAACAGCUGGAAUGUCUCCGAAAAUCGUAGUUCCGAUCAACUUGUUCUUCGAUGACUUCACUACCGGUGACACUGUCUCGCCGCAUGCAUCGACCACUUCAGUUUGUGGAAUCUACUAUUAUGUGCCAUGUCUGCCGGGACAUAUUUUGUCGAAGCUCGUUAACAUUUUCGUAGCUGGAUACGUGUUAUCCGAAGACAGGAAGUCACACACAAAUGAAGAACUUUUCACUAAUCUAGUCAAUGUACUGAUUGAAUUAGAAUGCGAUGGAUUACAAAUAACGUUAGAUGAGCAGAAAUUAGUAGUUUACUUCAUGGUAGGGUCCAUAACAGGAGACAACUUAGGACUCGCAGGUAUAUUAGAUCUUGUUGAAAGUGCUCGUGCAAACUACUACUGCCGUAGGUGUAAGAGAGAUAGAACACAACGCGAAACAGAUACAAUUGAGCAUCCAAAAAGUUUUCGAUCUAUAGCAAACUAUGAAACAGACAUCGAAUUACAAGACGUGUCAAUGACUGGAGUCAAAAAAUGCAGUAUCUUCAACAGAAUUCCAUCAUUUCACAUAGCCAGGAAUGUCUAUUUUGAUCUCAUGCAUGACUUGUGGGAAGGAGUUUGUGUUUAUGGGCUAGGCCAUUGCCUAAACUAUUUCGUGUAUAAGAAAAAAUAUUUUGAUUUAAAUCAACUCAAUAGUAGAAAGAAUUUAUUUCAAUUCGGUAAUCUGCACUCUUCAAACAUUCCUAAUAAUUUAUUGGACACAAAUUUAUCAAAAAAUAAAAUUAAGAUGACGGCUAGUGAAAUUAAAACGUUAGUUACAUUCUUACCGCUGAUUAUCGGAGAUAAAAUACCUGAUCAAGAUGAAGUUUGGACAUACUUUUGUAAUUUAUUGAAGAUUUGUCACAUUUUGAUGCUACGUGAAAUUCCCUCAAGUAUCGUUCCUUUAUUAAGAGAAAUCAUCGAUCUUCAUCACUCUCAGUACCAAACACUAUUUGGCGAUACCUUAAAACCGAAGCACCAUAACUUGGUUCAUUAUCCGUCAUUUUUGGAAGAUUCUGGAACAGCUCGGCAUCAAUGGGCGAUGCGCGGAGAAGCGAAACACAGAGAUGCGAAACAGUACUGUAGAGUAAAUAACAAUAAAAUUAAUCUUUGUAAAUCGUUAGGCAUUAAGAUUAGUUAUAAAUUUGCCCAUAGCGUUAUAAAUGAGCUCUUCAUACCGCCAAUGAUAUAUUUAAGUAAGUCUAAAACUAUACUAGCGCAAUUAACUUCGGAGCAUAGAAAUUUGAUUCAAAAAUCUAACAUUGCUUUGAAUUUCAGCGACUCAGUAAAACACCUGAGCAGUUUUGUUUUAUGCAGUACAGUAUUUAGCAAAGGAACUGUGUUUUAUUUAGGCCAAGUAAACCUCAUAAGAAUGUAUGAAGUGGAAAACAUAAUUCUUAAUGAUCAAAAUCAACUAAUUUUAAUUUGUAAAAAAAUGAUCUACAGUUGUUUUAACAAACAUUUGCAAUCGUUUGAGAUAAUCAGAACAAAUGAAUUACAAGCACUGUGUAACAUUGAAAAAAUGAAGACCCAAGCUGUAAAUUUACAUAAAUUAGGAAGUAAGCUGUACUAUCGAUGUUGUAACAUUAAUGUACAUAUAGAUAAUAAUUGAUGUGUAAAUAAAUUGUUUGAAAACAUAAAUCAUUUUUAUUCAAGCCAACACAAAAUCAAAAGGGCGGUAUUAUUAAUUCGGAUGCACUAUUGUAGCUUAAACAAUAUUAUAUUGUUGCUUCAACAAUAAUAUAUUGUUGAAUCAAUCAUAUUUUUACAAUGGAAUCAAAAAAGCAUCAAUCAUCAAAUCAAUAAUAAUAUUGUUGUUUUAACAAUAAAAUUUAUCAAAACAUGAUGCGGUUUGAUUGUAAAAACAACAAUAUUAUGGAUUGAAUCAAACAAUAAAUAUUAUUAGCCCUGAGCUAACAAUAUUUAUUGUUGAAUUUGAACCAGAAUAUUGUUGUUUCUACAAUACGUUUCUGU